AAUCUAGGCAAGUGCUAACUGGGAAAAUGAAUGGGUUUCUAGCAGUAAACAAAUGCGUAGAAACAAAUGAGAGGACUGAAGAGUCUAUCGGUUCGGCAAUUAAAAUCAGCUCAUCUUGCUCGCAAGAGUCAUAAUAAAUGACAAAAAAAAUCUCCCACACUGGAUAGCGUCAUGAAUAUUUAAUUUUUGCCGUGGCAGAUGUCUACACUGCUUCGCUGCUGAUCAAUGAAUGUUCUAGAGGAGGAUUAUGGUCGUGCUGUCUAGUUCGAUUUGAUGAUAUUAUAGGCGAAGUACAAGGCUGGAAUGAAACGUAUAAUUUUGUAGAAGUGUCUGCGCUGCAACUUGGAGUAAACAUGAUUUCGAUGGCAGCUAAUGCCUUCGAAGGCUUCGACCAAACGACGCAAAAACGGAGUUUGAUCACAAGGGGAUCGAUGAGUUCAUCCAGCGAGAUCUCGUUUCCACCUUAUGAAGUCGUCCCUGCCACUCGACCCAUUAUUGUAAUGGGCCCUUCGCUCCGAGGAUACGAGGUCACUGAUCUCAUGCACAGAGCUUUGUACAACUUUUUAAAGAAGAGGUUUACUGGAAAGAUAUCAGUUUACAGAACACACGCGGAUAUUGGGCUGUCAAAACGAUCAAAAAACAAUCCCACAGAGAAGGAAAGAUUUAACAUCACCAAGACCGGAGGGCCACGGAUGACAGCUGAGGUGCAAAAAGAAGUUGAGCGAAUCUACGAACUUACCAAGGGUCUCAACAUGGUCGUUAUUGACUGUGACGUCAUCAACCACCCAUCCCAGCUUAUGGACUGCUCUUUGGCACCCAUCGCUGUGUACAUCAAAAUGGAGCCGCAAAUUCUUGAAAAAUUAGUGAAACUGCGUGGCUCUAAACGGAAAAAUUUAGGAGCUCAGGUUGUAGCCGCUCAGAAACUUGCACAGUGCAACGAGGAAAUGUUUGAUCUAAUUCUUGAUGAAGCCAUCUUUGAGGACGCCUGCGAGCACUUGGGUGAGUUUUUAGAUCAGUAUUGGAGGGAUCUUCACCCGAGUGACAAUGAAGAUGGGGCCGCACCCUUAUCUGAGAAGAUGCCUCUGCUCCAAGGACCUUCCAGGGUUCCUGCCCUCAAGGCUCCAUUGACCAGUCAGAAUGCCACCGGAGCGAAGCAAGGUGUUCAACAGCAAGGCUCUCCAGUGAAAAGUCCUCAGCAGCAGGCUGGGCAGAGGUCAACACAACAUGGAAGCAGUCACAGAAAAAUGGCUGUGACUGGGAAUGCGCCUGACUUCGGUAAGAAACUCCAUGAAGCAUUCCAGAGCUCACAGUCUUACCAAGCAGAACCUGCAUAUCAAUCUGGUUACAAUUCAGAAGCACAGUAUCACCAACAUCAGCACCAGAAUCAGAAUCAACAGCAGUAUUAUCCCCAGGAGGAACAUUACGGGCAGGAGCAAAAUUACGGCUCAGAAGGGUAUGGGCAUCAGCAGGGUUACACAUCUGAGCCCUAUCAUCAGGGGUACUCCCAGCAGUAUGGUCAAGAUAGCCAAUAUGGCUAUGGACAAUAUGGACAGGACCCCAAUCAGGGGUACUCCCACGGGUACGCGAAUGAAAACCAGUACCCCGACGCUUACUACGACAGAGAUCCAAACGUGGGAUACCAACAGCACUACAAUCACGACAUGGAGAGUCCCUAUCAGCAACGGCAGGACUGGUACGAAGAUUCUAGCAGCUACUAUGGGAGGGAGGGGUACUACCAGUGAAUUGCAUUGUGAAUCAUGAACAGUGUCAGUGGAUCACUGAUGCACUUUCAAUUUUGACAUUAAAUUUUACAUUUGAUAGCUACUAAUUUAUUUGCAUACAAUGUGUCUUUGUUCGAAUUUGGAGACCGUAAUUGUACAAUAGAAAAGAAUUUCUUCAAUUUGCACCUUUUGUAUUUAUUUUGGAAUGAUUCGUUUUUCAAUCAUGCAAAGUGCAUGCAACAUAGGAUUGUCAAAUGUCAAAAUACAGCUUAGAAAUAAUGCGUUUAUAGAGUCAGAGUCACUGACUCGCCAAUCAAUCGUAUGCGCUCGUUAAGUAGCGAAUUAAUAAGCCUGCCGAAUGAUACGGCUAACUAGAAAAACCAAACAACACCUGUUUGGGUUUGGUAUGUAAGAUCCUCCGCCAGACCUGAUAGCUGGACGGAUCCGUGCAUCAAACAUUGCAUCAUGAUAACGCUUUAUCAACUGAUCAAAACCUUCGCACAAAAUACUGAAUUUCUUUUCCUUACGAUAUGGAGGAGUUUUACAGUAACUUUUAGAAAUAAAGGCAAGUUAGUUAAAUAACAGGGCCGUUUAAGCUACACAACGAAUUUGUAGAACGGUUUUCAAUAGUAGGGCAAUGUUUUAUUUGUUCACUUGUAGCACUUUGUUAUGUAUUCUAGCAAUCAAUUCAAAGCAUUUACGCACGUCGGGUUUUCCCGCGCUUGGCACUGGGUGCAUGUUUCAGAUACGACUGCUGAUUGGCUUAUUGUAUUGUUUGUGUUUGCUCUGAUUGGCCAAUUAAGAUGGCUUUGAUUACGGUUUUACGAGAGUUGGUUAUCAGAAAGCCGCUCCAUUAACUUUGCUAUAACAGACUGCUGUUAAGCGGGUCGUGCUGCGAAUAUUUAGUAUACGUAUAGGAUCAAUGUCAUCUGGGAAUUUUGUAACUGCAUGAACUGUUGUUAAUAGUUUUCUCGAUGCAACAGAUUACAAAGCUGCCUAGCUUCUCUGUUGCCGCCUCGGGGAUGAAGAGACUCUGGAAUUCAAUAACACUUUUUGGGAACCGAUUGGGUCGAUUGUUUGAACGAACGUUUAAGAAAAGUUAUCGUCUACUAAGUUUGAAGCAAUAGUCGCACCUGUUCUGGAAUCACGUCUAAAUGCAGUUAACGUGGACAGCGGUGCAUUCACUUUGAGAUCAUUACUACCUUGUCAUAGGUAGGAAGUGCAGUUAAACGCACAUGUACAAUGCUUGGCCCUCUAGUUUGGAAAAUUUAUAGUAGAACGGGUUCUAAUAUGAAGAAGCGACGAAAUAUACAACGCUUGCUGAAAUAUUGCCUUCUAAUCAAAUCUGUCGAAUGCAUUUGUGGAAUAAAAUUUUGUAUUUCGAAGAUGA